CCAGACUGCCUGCCAACGAUGAUGUCAACGCGCAGCGCGCAUAACGAACGUAUGAAGCCAUUACCACCAUAGCUGCAUUACGCCAAUAAAUUAAACUUGGUUUCCGUGCAGCGGCAAUGGGGAACGGUUGCGACAUGAAGUUGCGGAUUGCGAAGGCCACACCCUCUGGCCUGCUGAGGCCGCUGAUGCUGGCCGCUUGGCUACUGCUUGCGACUUCCUCGGUAACGGCGGGCGAGCCGCUGUGGGCCUCUCACUGCGAGCGGUGGUCCUCCUUCGAGCCUGGGAUAUGGGAAAGCCUGCUCUUCUGGCAGGAGACCGGCAUCAGUGACGAGCUGAUGGGCCAAGCCAUUGAGAAGCUGGGGACGGAGCCGGGCCGCAUGAAGCGAGUGGGCGUGCCGGUGGCCUUUGUCAACGGGAGCAUGUACGUGGCUCGGAGCACGCCCCUCAGCAAAACCUACGCCUGGUGGGCGCACAACCUGCUGGUGUGGGUGCACGUGUUGCGGCGGCUGGCGGCCAGGUGGGGGGCCGCCCUGCCCGACACCGAGCUCCUGCUGGGGGCGGACGACGACCCCACGCAGGACAUGUCGGCUCCGGGCGCCUGGCAGGCCGCCACCUCGCCGCCCCUGCCCGUCAUGAAGCACUGCAAGUCCAGCGCCUCGGCGGACAUACCGAUUCCCACGUGGCACUUCUACACGCUCAACGCCACUGCGCAGUUCUUCUCCCGCACGCACCGCUUUUCUGAGGAGCACCCCUGGGCGGCGCGGGAGCACAAGGCCUACGGAGGCGGCAUGCUGUACCACCGCAGUCAGGCCAUGCCUGUCAACAAGAAGCAGCUGGAGGCGGGCAUGGUUGCGGGGGAGCCGUUCAUGGUGCGGGAGAAGUUCGCAGAGUUCCUGAACAAGGAGGUCCGCAACCCCAACAUCGUGUUCGACAACGGGCGGCCGCUGCCCCUCUGGGCUGAGUACAAGAUGGCCAUUCACAUAGACGGCAUCAGCUGUUCGUCCAAGCUGUGGCAGCUCAUGGCGCUGGGCAAUCUGGUGCUGCGCGAGCAGUCCAGCUACCUCUCCUUCUACGACUCCCAGCUGCACAGCUUCGAACACUACGUGCCCUUCUGGCGGCACCGCCCGCGUGAGAUCGUGUGGGCGUACGACUGGGCCACACGCCACGACGCGGCGGCGGCGCGCAUCGCGGCUCGCGGCCAGGCGUUUGUGCGCGACACGCUCAGCUCCCAGGGCCUGGAGUGCUACUGGCUCCUGCUGCUGCAGCAGUACAGCGGGCUCCUGAAGUACAAGCCAGGACAGGGCGCGCGGCGCAUCCCGGCGCCGGUGCCGGCGGCGGCGGUGGCGGCUAACGCCACUACUGCGGCGGCAGGGGUGGUGGCGGCGGCAGGGCAGGGCGGGCGGCGGAGGAGCAGCAGGAGCAGGCGACUGAUGCAGGGAGGGGGAGUGGAGGGGGUGAGGGAGGAGGCGCAUAGCAGGGGCGGCGGCAGCGUUGAGGCAGAGUCAGCACGGCGGCAGCCGGCACGGCGGCGGCUGCAGCAGGCGCAGCAGGGCUCCGUGCCUGGUAGCGGCGGCGCCGGUGACGCGGGGGCGUUCUACAUCCCGGUUGAUGAGUGGUUGGCGCUGCAGGAGGGCGCGCACGGGUGGCGGCCGGGGCUGGCAGCGAGCUUGGGGGCGGAGCUGGAGCUGCUGCCGCUGCUGCCCAUGCGAGCCAUGGUGGUCCGGGCGGGUCAGGAGCUGGCGGCGGCGGCCAAUGCCACUGCACUCCGGCAGCCUUGAAGGGCCUUAGGGGCUGAGGGGCACGUUGGCAGGGGACGGGGCCGUUGCAUGCGUGUGAAGGGGAUGGAGGUGAAGGAAUGGGUGUGUUUGGAGUCGUCACGACUUGCUGAUGAAGGAGUGCUCGCUGUAGUCUGUCGGUACUGCAAUGCGAAGCGAGGUGGCGGGGCGGUGGGCGCGGGCAGGUUGGAGCUGGAAUGGACGUACGUGUAUGUGUGUGAUGGGACAGUGGUAAGGCAGGUUGGUAAGGUCCCGUAGGGUGCAGCUGAUUCCCAGAACCUAACAGAUGGCACACAAUUGGCAACGGCAGGGCAGGAGUGCGCAGCUGGUCGAACGCCGGAGUUACUGUGCCGACGAGUUGCUUGCUGGCUGGAAGUUUGCUGACGCGCAUUCCUCACGCUCCGGGCGCCGGUACGCAUGUGGAUGCACAGUCCGUUCGGAAGGCAGUUGGCUGAUUCUUUUUAACCAUCUUCAUGGUGGUGUCACCAAUGUUAGCAAUGAUGUCAAAGCGGGCAAGCGCAUCACCGUACAUCCAUAACAUCCAUAGCAAAGGCAUAGGUAUACGAGUGCUACUUGUCCAGACACUCCUAAUCA